AUGCUCACUGGUCUUCUUCAAUUGUGGCGCAAACUGUGGCUGACCAUCAAAAACUACAAUUUAUUCCCAUCGAUUUCGCCCACUCAAGAUCAACAUCAACUUCGAAAUCAACGCCUUUCUACACGACUUUUUAUCAUCCUUCUCAUCCUCUCCCUUAUCGUUCUCAUUCUCUACACAUCAUUGAUCACCAUCACACAGACACUCAAAUUCAGUUCACCCUCAAUCACACAAUACCGUCAACUAUAUUCCACAUAUUCACAAACAUUAUCAUGUGAUUGUAAACAAAUCUCCAUCAACUAUGACACAUUUCUGCAUCUCAACUAUACACUUCAUCAAGUUUGCGACAGCAUUUUUGUUACUGAAGAUUGGUUCGAUUAUGUCACCCUCACCCUUAAGACUUCGUCGGGAAAUACACAAUUCAUGAUUGUAAAAUCAACUGCUCACUGA